AUGGCAACAACCGUCAGUUUAAAUGAAGAAAAUCGUAUUCAUCCAAUAAAUACAGAAAUUGCUUUUGGUCAAAACAAAGAUCGACUGGGAGGAAACGAAGAAGAAACAAGAGAAACGACAAGCUUUGGUCUAUGUGGCCAAAUAUUGAUUUUUGUAUCGUACAUUUUGGUUGUACUGACCUGCCCUGUUGCAGUGUUCUAUUGUACAAAUGUUGUUCAAGAAUAUCAACGAGCAGUUAUUUUCCGACUUGGACGAAUUUUGCCAGGUGGUGCAAAGGGACCUGGCCUAUUUUUCAUACUACCCUGUAUUGACACUAUUGUCAAAGUCGAUUUACGCACGACGAUAUUCAAUGUGCCACCUCACGAAAUUUUAACGCGCGAUUCAGUGACAGUCACUGUUGAUGCUGUGGUUUACAGUCGUGUGAUUGAUCCGGUUGCUAGUGUAACCAAAAUCAAUAAUAUUCAGUCUGCCACACAGCUACUUGCACAAACCACCUUGCGAAAUAUACUUGGAACUAAAACACUUCAUGAUAUUUUAACAGAUCGGGAAGGGCUUGCAAAUAGCAUGGAAACACACCUUGACCAAGGUACCGGUCCAUGGGGUGUUAAAGUCGAACGUGUAGAAAUUAAGGAUGUUCGUUUACCACAAUCGAUGCAACGUUCGAUGGCUGCUGAAGCCGAGGCAAGUCGUGAGGCACGGGCAAAAGUAAUUGCUGCUGAAGGAGAACAAAAGGCAUCGCGACAACUGAAGGAGGCUGCCGAUGUAAUUGCAACAUCACCAACUGCAUUACAAUUACGAUAUCUACAAACGUUGACACAAAUCUCCGCUGAAAAGAACUCCACGAUUAUUUUUCCAGUACCAAUCGAUUUACUUCAAACAUUCAAACAAGGACAUUAG